GGGAGGGCGGAGGCAGGGCCGCGGUCGCCCUCGGGACCCCGGCGGCGGCGUCCGCCCCGGGUUGCGUCCCCCGGGCCCGAGCUGGCUUUCCCGGGAGGCCGCGCCGAGUGUCGGGCCUGCGUGCCCCGCGGGCGGCCCAGCUCCAGGGCUGGGUCCCGGGCUGCGGGAGCCCGCUUCCCGCCUCCAGGGGUCAGCGGUGGCCGCUGGGUCCCGGCGCGGGCGGCCCAGCACCUGAGACCUUGCUCUUCCAGUCGCCGAGGUGGCCGGCCGACCCCCGGGCGGCCCGCGCAGACGGCCGCCAUUCCCGUGUCGCUGCGCCCGCGGGGGCCGCCCGAGCCGGCCAGCAUGCCGCUGGGCCUGAAGCCCACCUGCAGCAUGUGCAAGACCACGUCGUCGUCCAUGUGGAAGAAGAGUCCGCAGGGCGAGAUCCUCUGCCAUCACUGCACGGGCCGGGGCGGCGGCGCGGGAGCGGCGGGGACCGGGACCGGGACCGGGGGCGGCGGCGGCGGCUUCGGCACUGCCACCUUCGCCACCACCUCGGCCGGUCCUUCGCAGAGCAACGGGGGCGGCGGCGGCGGCGGCAAGCAGAGUAAGCAAGAAAUUCACAGAAGGUCGGCCCGGCUCAGAAAUACCAAGUACAAAUCUGCUCCAGCUGCUGAAAAGAAAGUUUCCACGAAAGGAAAAGGGAGAAGACACAUUUUUAAGUUAAAAAACCCUAUCAAAGCGCCUGAAUCUGUUUCUACCAUAGUCACUGCAGAGUCAAUUUUCUACAAGGGAGUAUAUUACCAAGUUGGUGACGUUGUUUCUGUGAUUGACGAGCAAGAUGGGAAGCCGUAUUAUGCUCAGAUCAGGGGCUUUCUUCAGGACCAGUACUGUGAGAAGAGUGCCGCGCUGACGUGGCUCAUUCCUACCCUCGCUAGUCCCAGAGACCAGUUUGAUCCUGCAUCAUAUAUAAUAGGGCCAGAGGAAGAUCUUCCAAGGAAGAUGGAGUACCUGGAAUUUGUCUGCCACGCGCCUUCUGAGUAUUUCAAGUCAAGGUCCUCACCAUUUCCCACAGUUCCCACCCGACCAGAGAAGGGCUACAUAUGGACUCAUGUUGGACCUACUCCUGCAAUAACUAUUAAGGAAACAGUUGCCAACCACUUGUAGUUACAAAACCAAGCUGGGGCAUGCUUUCUUAGCAGGUAUAAAGUUUCAGUUUUAAUUCUAGAACAUACACAUCCCCAAAUAAAGCCAGAUUUGCAGUUUCCUUAUAUUUAUAUCAAGAUAUGCCACACAUUUUUCUCUUUAUAAACCUUUGUCUUUAAGUUUUUGAGAUAGGGUCUCAUAUAUAGCCCAGGUUGGCUUGACCUUGAGGUCCCCGCCCCAUCCUCCUCGCGUUACAGGUGUGUUAUGUAGGUAGUUAAUGCCAGGUACUUCUUCAUGAACUUACCUGGAAACAGGACUUGAGAAAAAUGUUACCUACUACCCAGUAAUUAUAGUACCUGCUUAGUACCUGUUAGAAAAUCACAGGGGGAAAAAGGAAUGAAUUGAAGGGAAAUACUAAAUUUAAUGUAUAUUUUCCCAAAGUGGCAGAUUCCAGGGAACAUGUAGUGUCUACUUUUCUUUAUAAUUUAUUUCUAGGAACUCAUAAAAUGAAUUAUAUUUUUAUUGGUGCAGAUCAUUAAGUUUUAGAUUUCUCUCUUUCAUUCUCUCUUCUGUCUCUCUCUCUCUCCCCCCUUUUCUUUCUUUUUUAAACCCAGAAUCUCACUCUGCAGUCCUGGCUGUCCUGGAACUCAUUCUGUAGACCAGAUUGGCAUUGAACUCAAGAGAUCUGCUUGCUUCUGCUUCCCAAGUGCUGGGACUAAAGGUGUACACCACUAUGCCAGGCUGAAGUUUUAGAUUUCUGAUCAAGAACUAAACCAAAAUGUGAGCAGUGUGUCUUACAAAGCCACAGUCUUCUCCUCUCGAAGCAGACCUUGGCUGCUUUAGUCCUGCAGAAAGCAGCUGGUGGGUGAUAGAUUAGCCCUGGCUCUUCACGCUCUCACCUCACGCCAGAGCGGUCAGCCGCGUUUUGUAGACCUGCCUUUCCUGUCAGCAUCAGCUGCUUCAGGGAGACUGCUUCAGCCAGGUCUUUGAUCUGUCUAUCUUGAAAGUGACUAAAAGGUCAUUAGUUUUGAUAGUCAAAAAACUCAAACUCAAAACCAUGUGCUGAGAGCUAGGAUGGUGUGCUUUGGAUGUGUGAUGGGGGAAGUGGGCAGGUACCCACUUGCUGCCUCUGUCCUCAUCUAUCCAGACAGACGGUUUUAGCUGUAGGAAUUUAUGAGAAUUUGACUUGAUCUUAAUGAUUUUCAUCAAAACUCUUUUACCCUUUUUCUUUAGUCCCAAAGUUGGGAAAAAGCAUCUUUGUGCUUACAUAAGGUAUAAUAAAGUUCAUUGUAAAUACUAUUGGAAAUGAUUUUCUAAAUGCUAAUAUUCCAGUUUUUGAUUAAAAAAUAUUUUCACAGUGGGUUUAGUUUGGAUUUUUAAAUACUUAAAAAGGGAAUGGGAUACUUCCCCCAAGACGGUAUUAAAUAGAAACAUCAAUCUUUUGGUUACAUGGCUCACCGUACUGUGCGGAGUAACACAGUGCUCCCGAGGGCUUCCCAGGCUUUAGUUUAAAUGAACCAGUGGACCUGUAGGGGAGCCAGCUCUGGGAGAUUAACUGUCCUCAAGGCAUAGCAUGUUUCCCGUGUGCUGUGGGAGGCUGUGCUGCUCAGGUUUCUGUUUUAGGCUGGAGGACAGUUUAAAAUUUUUAGAGUUUAGAAGAGAAAGUGCAGGGCAGGCAAGCUGUAAACCGCAGCUAGCAUCCAAAAGGAAGACACGGAGAGUUGUCUGAGGCUGGCAGCCAGGCGGGCAUCCUGCGCGUGCACCCACCCACAUGCAAUCUCACACACUUACUGUAUAAUUAACUUCCUCUGUCGUCCUUCUCCAAAGCCAACUAUUAGAUAAUAGAGAUACUUUUUGUGUUGAUGGUGGCUGACUUUACAAGUUAGUUCGCAGAUUAAGAGAAUAUCAAGAUAAAAAUCAAAGAUUCUGGACUGGGAGCUGGAUCAAAAGUCUUAUCAGGCAUUUUUGGUUGAAAUUAAAUUUAAAUUUAUUUGGAUUAUGUGUAAAAGUUAUGUUCUGAUUUUAAAACACACAGACACACACACACACACACACACAGAGAGAAAGC